GUGACAUAUUUGCCACUCUGAACGACAUUGCCGAAAAAGCACUAAAGAACAAUUGUAUCAUAUCGUUUGUUCCAAGUAAAAAAUGUACAAUAAUGUGAAAACAUGUACAGAUGAACAAUUUAUUAAAACCUGCAAUGUUACAGGGACGUUGGAUAAUUACGACAAAGAUAUUGACUUUGCUUGUCAAACACUAAAUAAUCCAUUUCCGCCAUAUAAAAGCAUCUUCUGUCACAUGUGCAAUCCCCCCGAAAAGACUAGUGCGAAACAAAUCACUUCAUGCAAUGAAACUGGACUUUGGACAACAUAUGCAAAGGAUAUAGAAAAGGCGUGUAAUGAUAAUGUUAAUGUUGCAACGACCUUUCCUUACAAGAAUAUAUAUUGCUACAUAUGUAAUACGAAUAAAAGCUUGACAAUGAGAAAUAAAAACAUGUACACAGUAGAUAUAUCAAUAAAAGAUGUCUUUACGUAUAACUGGUACAAUGAAAUUGUUGUUUAUGAUUGGAGAUACGUUUACCAAAGUGGGAGUAGAUUCACAGACCCAACAACAAAUUGCAAGUACCAAUACAGAAAACUGAAGUACAAAAUUGAUUGUAAAGUGCCCAUUCCGUUUAAUUUAUUCAUUCACAAUAUGUCAAAUCUACUAUUAUCUCAAGUUCAGUCUUAUUAUUGCAAUUUGACUGCAAACGAUGAUCAAUAUAUAAAUAUUACUUUGUGCAAAAAGGAUAGUAAAAAUUUAACAUAUUGUGAACAUGAUAGUGAGUUUGAGUUACAAAGGGCUUGUGAAACCCAGUUUCGCGGUAUAGUUAUUCAAAGUGAAAAACUAUACUACCACUUUACAGAUUGUGGAACCCAUCUUAAAGAUUUUUUAGUUUAUAAACAUGGCAUACCAGUAGAAAUAGACCAGUAUGUAAAGGAAAAUUUAGAUUGUGAUUUAUUUAACUGUAUGGAUGAUCGCAACUUGUACCCUUUACAAUACAUCUUAUGUAAUUGUUGUUCUGCACCAACGCCUCAUUUACCAGGUUCAGGUACUUGGGAUAUAUUUAGCCGCAAAUACUUCACUGCUGACUGUGCAAUGAACGAGAUUUGUGAUACUCUAAAGCAAAGAUGUCGCCAAACUGACUGCUUUCCAGGAAAACAAAUGAUAGGAGAUAGUUGUGAACAAUAUUUACCAACAUCAUUAUAUUCUCAACCACUGGCAUAUGUGUUUCCGUUCGUGCUAACAUCAAAAUAUAGUCAUUCAGAAAUAACACAAAUUUUACAAAAUGUUUUCAAUGAAAUGUUCUCUAUUUCAGCUGCGUUGUGUACUACACCAAAAACCAAAUCGAUUUCCUUCUUUGUUCGAAUUUAUAUUAUGAUAUUUAGUUAUGCAUAUAUUGCAGAAAUACUAAUAGAUUUUCUUCUCGCCUUUUAA